AUGGAGGAACUACGCGUGCGGGGUAACGCUCUCUUUUCCAGCGACCCACGUGCUGCGGCAAAUUUGUACCAGGAGGCCCUUGGCGUGUAUGAGAAAUUGAAGGAUAAAUCAGGCGCACUUGAAGAGUACACAAAGUGCGCUGGCAACGCACUGACAUGCCUCUUCAAGGUGCAGGAGUACGACGCGUGUCUGACACUUGCAGAGAAGGUGUUGCAAUGUAACCCAUUAAUUGCCAAAGCGUACGCCGUUAUUGGGAGAUGUCUUUUACUGCGACCGGCCUUUACGUUACCGCUGCAUGGGGACCCAUUGCAGUACCUGUGCCGUGCCGUCCACUUGUCACCGUCCAUGUGUGAAACAAUAAUUCCGUUUAUGGAUGAAGCGCUUGAGCGACUUCUACACGAGUGUGAGACGCUGCAUGACGAGGAACCCUGCAUUGAGGUGCAACAAGGGGAAUGUGGAAGGUGUGUCGUGGCGGCCUCCCAUUUGCCUCCCCUGUUGGUCGUGAGCUCCACGUUGCAUCCGUUUUCUGUGUGUUCUUACGAGGAGACGGGGUCUGUGGGUUUGUGUGCACACUGUGGCGUGGUCUUCAUGCCUGAUGAUGGCGAGGAGCCUACCGCCGCUUUGCGGACAUGCCGCCGCUGCCAGUUUGUGUCGUACUGCUCCGACAGGUGUGCCUCCUGCCAUGGCCGCCAGCACGAGGAAUACGAGUGCCGACUGCUUUUUCGGCUGAGGGAGAUGCUGGGGUCGAUGCGGAGUUGUGAAGCGGCAGUGCCGGACGACUUUUUCACUAUGGCGACGCACUGCAUCACGACCAUGAGUGGCGUGAAGAUGCGCAAGGAGGGGCAUGAGGCGGUGCUGCGGCUGGAGAGCCACGAGGUCGAAGUGUCGCAGGGACUCACACCGCUUGUGCGUCUUGUCCAGGAUUUGUUUAGCGGGGAGGAUCCCACAUUUGUCACCCGCAUUCUCGGCGUCGUACGUUGCAACGCGCUUGCGGUCUGCGAUGCAUCCGGUCUUCCUGUCGGCCAGGCGUUGCACGCGGCAAGUGUUACGUCGUACUUCAACCACUCGUGUUUGCCGAACUGCGCGAUCGAGGCAGGUGCGAUUGUGACAACGCGUGCCAUUAGGCCGGGCGAGGAGCUCACCAUAUCAUACCUGCCGCAACUGUACUGGCCGGCGUGGCUGCGACGCGAGGAACUCGCCGAGCGGUACUUUUUUGACUGCCGAUGUGUGCGCUGCGACGACGGAGACCGAAGCCCGUUUGAGUCGGCGCUGUCGGCGACGCUACGCCUGGGGGGAAGCAGAGAGAAGGAACGUGAGUACAUUUCAUCUGUACAGAUCCUUUGCGGCCGCGUUCGUGCUAAGGAUGUGGGCGAUGUGGACGUGGGUGAUCGUGACGCGUUGCUCCAUCUUCUGCAGGAGUGUCGUCAGCACCUUUUUCCGUUUCACUACCUCUGUCACGAGCUGCACAAUACACUGAGCUUUGUUUACGCCGUGCUUGGUGACACGCGUGCUUGUCUGUGUAGUUGUCUAAGGGAAUUGGUCAUGUGGGAGGCCAUUGUGCCUGGAGCCCACCCGGUAAAACGACGAAAGGUGCAGAACGCACUGCGGUGUUGUGCAGAUGAAGUUGCUGACAAGAGUGACACGGUGAAAAAUGGCCCAAGCAGCAACAGCAAGAAUGAUACUCAUGAAGAGUCCCUGCUUCCGCUGCGGUCUCUUCUUAUGAAAUUUGCCACGCUGUAUGAUGUUGCCUGCUGA